CACAUAAUUCCCUGGAACGGCCGCGGCGAGCGCCAUUGGCUUCUCUCUUCUCCGCGCGCCGCCGCCGCCGUCUCCCACCUUCGCCUCACCGCCUCCCUCUGCGCCCGCUGCCUCCGGAGCUGGGGGGGAAGCGCGGAGCCCCACCGCAAUGGAGCCCGCUGCCGCGGCUACGGCGCAGCGACUCCCAGGGACCAGCGGGGAGGACCGAACUCCGGCCCCGGCGGCGGCGGCCGGAGGCGGCCGGAGCCCGGAGCCUGCGCUGACCCCGGCGGCCCCGGGCGGCGGGGCGUGGGAAGAGGCCCCCGGCCGGGCGCAGCCGGGGCCGCUGCCGGGCCGCGCGGGAGGCACGGGCCGGAGGCGGCGGCGCGGCGCUCCCCAGCCCUCCGCCUGCGGGGCCGUCCCGGGGUCCGCGGCCGGCAGCGGCGCCAACUCCCUCCUCCUGCGGAGAGGGCGGCUGAAGAGGAAUCUGUCCGCGGCCGCCGCCGCUUCGUCCUCGUCCUCGUCCUCGUCGUCGUCGGCCGCUGCCGCUUCGCUCUCCCCCGGAGCCGCCGGUCUCCCCGCCUCCUACACGGCCUCGGCGUCGCCGUGCACCCGGAGCUUGGACAGGAAGACGCUGCUCCUGAAGCACCGGCAGAUGCAGCUGCAGCCGUCGGACCGGGACUGGGUGAGGCACCAGCUCCAGCGGGGCUGCGUGCACGUCUUCGACCGCCACAUGGCCUCGACCUACCUGCGCCCGGUGCUCUGCACGCUGGACACCACGGCCGGCGAGGUGGCCGCCCGCCUGCUGCAGGUGGGCCACAAAGGCGGCGGCGUGGUGAAGGUGUUGGGCAAGGGGCCCGGACUCGCGGCCGGCACGGAGCGGCCCCCGGACGCCGGUGCGCGACUCGCGCCCGCCGCGCCGCAGGACUUAGGGCCCGCGCCGGGGAGGAGCGGGCCGGCUGCCGUCGUGGACCCGCCGCGCGCCCCUCCCAUGGACCUGCCGCUGCUCCGCGGCGCGGACGGCUGGGCUCGCCGGGCCCCCCGCGCCAGCCCCGCGCUCUCGGACUCCAGCCCGGGAGAGCCGGGCGCCCCGCUCCCUCCGGACGGCGCGGUCGCGGGCCCGGCCUCCGACACCGAGAGCUUCAGUCUCAGCCCCAGUGCGGAGAGCGUGUCCGACCGGCUGGACCCCUACAGCAGCGGCGGCGGCUCCUCGUCGUCGUCCGAAGAGCUCGAGGCCGAUCCGACCCCGGCCCCGACAGGGGCUCCGGGCCAGCCGCGCCGGCCGGGCCAUUCUCAGCAGCCGCGGCCGGGAGCGGGCGCCUGGACAGCUUCCCCGACGGCCUCCCCGAGUCCGCCGCAGCUGAAAGCCCCGAGGGGCGUCGACGGCCCAGGCGGGGCCGCCUGCGAUCGGCCUCGGGAGGAAAAGGCGGCGGCAGUUGGAACCCUUGGCGGUCCCCCGUCAACCCCGGGUGGGAACGGGGUUACUGCGGAGAAGAUGCCUCCACCGCCCACCCUGUACGUGCAACUCCACGGAGAGACCACCCGGCGGCUGGAGGCGGACGAGAAGCCAUUGCAGAUCCAAAAUGACUACCUCUUCCAACUGGGGUUUGGGGAGUUGUGGAGGGUGCAGGAGGAAGGAAUGGACUCGGAGAUUGGCUGCCUCAUCAGCUUCUAUGCAGGAAAGCCUCACAGCACCGGUAGCUCUGAACGGAUUCAGCUCUCAGGAACGUAUAAUGUCCGCAAAGGCAAAAUGCAGUUGCCGGUGAACCGAUGGACCAGACGCCAAGUCAUCCUGUGUGGGACCUGCCUCAUAGUAUCAUCUGUGAAAGACAGCUUGACUGGAAAGAUGCAUAUCCUGCCACUGAUUGGUGGAAAAGUAGAAGAAGUGAAAAAGCACCAGCACUGUUUAGCAUUUAGCUCCUCAGGACCCCAAAGCCAGACUUACUACAUUUGUUUUGAUACAUUCAAAGAAUAUUUAAGGUGGCUUCGACAAGUCUCCAAGGUUGCCUCACAGCGCAUUAGCUCAGUGGACCUCUCGUGUUGUAGCCUGGAGCAUCUGCCUGCCAACCUCUUCUACAGCCAAGACCUCACUCAUCUCAAUUUAAAACAAAACUUCCUAAGGCAAAACCCCAGCCUACCAACUGCCAGAGGGCUCAAUGAACUGCAGAGGUUCACCAAGUUGAAGAGUCUUAACCUUUCCAAUAAUCAUUUAGGGGACUUCCCAUUAGCAGUCUGCAAUAUUCCAACUCUGACGGAGCUCAAUGUGUCCUGCAAUGCCCUUCGAGCAAUCCCAGCAGCCGUCGGAGUUAUGCACAACUUACAGACAUUUUUGUUGGAUGGAAACUUUCUCCAGGGCCUUCCUGCUGAGUUGGAGAACAUGCAUCAGCUUAGUUAUCUUGGUCUUUCUUUCAAUGAAUUCACUGACAUUCCAGAGGUAUUGGAGAAAUUGACUGCUAUGGAUAAACUUUGUAUGUCUGGAAACUGUAUGGAGACUCUUAGGCUACAGGCUUUAAGAAAAAUGCCUCACAUUAAGCAUGUGGAUCUAAGACUGAACAUAAUCAGGAAGCUAAUAGCAGAUGAAGUGGACUUUCUCCAGCAUGUUACUCAGCUUGAUCUGCGUGACAAUAAACUUGGUGAUCUAGAUGCUAUGAUUUUCAACAACAUUGAAAUUUUACACUGUGAAAGGAAUCAACUGGUGACGUUAAACAUCUGUGGCUAUGUUCUAAAAGCACUAUAUGCCUCUUCUAAUGAACUUGUUCAACUUGAUGUUUACCCAGUUCCAAAUUAUCUGUCCUACAUGGACGUUUCAAGGAACUGCUUAGAAAAUGUGCCUGAGUGGGUAUGUGAAAGCCGAAAGCUAGAAGUUUUGGAUAUUGGCCACAAUCAAAUAUGUGAACUUCCUGCCCGCUUAUUUUGUAAUAGCAGUCUCCGGAAACUCCUGGCAGGACACAACCUGCUGACAAGGCUGCCUGAGAGGCUGGAGAAAACCUCCGUGGAGGUCUUGGAUGUUCAGCACAACCAGCUCCUGGAGCUGCCACCAACCCUGCUGAUGAAGGCCGACAGCCUGAGAUUCCUGAAUGCAUCUGCAAACAAACUGGAAACCCUUCCUCCAGCCACACUUUCUGAAGAGACAAACAGCAUCUUACAGGAACUAUAUUUGACAAAGAACAACCUCACAGAUAAAUGUGUGCCCUUGCUAACAGGCCACCCCCAUCUGAAGAUCCUUCAUAUGGCCUAUAACAGACUUCAGAGUUUUCCAGCAAGUAAAAUGGCAAAACUGGAGGAACUUGAAGAAAUUGAUCUCAGUGGAAACAAACUGAAAGCCAUCCCGACGACGAUCCUGAACUGCAGGCGCGCGCACACUGUGGUCGCUCACUCCAACUGCAUCGAGGUCUUCCCCGAAGUCAUGCAGCUCCCAGAAAUCAAGUGUGUGGACCUGAGCUGUAACGAGCUAAGCGAAGUCACUUUACCAGAAAACCUGCCUCCAAAGCUGCAAGAACUAGACCUCACCGGAAACCCUCGACUUGCCCUUGAUCACAAAACCCUGGAGCUGCUCAAUAACAUCCGCUGUUUCAAGAUUGAUCAGCCAUCCGCAGGAGACGCAUCUGGAGCCCCAGCUGUAUGGAGCCAUGGCUACACCGAAGCUUCAGGGGUGAAAAACAAAUUAUGUGUCGCAGCCCUGUCGGUGAAUAACUUCUGUGAUAACCGGGAGGCCCUCUAUGGUGUAUUCGAUGGAGACCGUAACGUGGAGGUGCCCUACCUUCUCCAGUGUACUAUGAGCGACAUUUUGGCCGAGGAGCUUCAGAAAACAAAAAAUGAAGAAGAAUACAUGGUCAAUACAUUCAUUGUUAUGCAAAGGAAACUUGGAACUGCUGGGCAGAAACUUGGAGGUGCUGCUGUCCUUUGCCAUAUCAAGCAUGACCCUGUGGACCCAGGAGGAUCCUUCACCUUGACCUCUGCGAAUGUGGGCAAGUGCCAAGCGGUUCUCUGUCGGAAUGGGAAGCCAUUACUUCUGUCCAGAUCCUGUGUCAUGAGCUGUGAAGAAGAACUGAAGAGGAUUAAACGGCACAAGGCCAUCAUCACUGAGGAUGGCAAGGUGAAUGGAGUGACCGAGUCCACACGUAUCCUGGGCUACACCUUCCUCCACCCCAGUGUGGUUCCGCGCCCCCACGUGCAGUCCGUGCCCUUGACGCCCCAGGACGAGUUCUUCAUCCUGGGCAAUAAGGGCUUGUGGGACAGCCUGUCCAUCGAGGAGGCGGUGGGGGCCGUGCGCAACGUGCCCGACGCCCUGGCUGCCGCCAAGAAGCUGUGCACGCUCGCCCAGAGCUACGGCUGCCACGACAGCGUCAGCGCCGUGGUGGUGCAGCUCAGCGUCACCGAGGACAGCUUCUGCUGCUGCGAGCUCGGCGCAGGUGGAGCCGGGCUGCCGCCCAGCCCGGGCAUCUUCCCUCCCUCCGUCAGCAUGGUGCUCAAGGACCGGCCGGCCGACGGCCUGGGCGGGCCGUCCUCCAGCAGCGGCAUGGCCUCCGAGAUCAGCAGUGAGCUCUCCACCUCCGAGAUGAGCAGCGAGGUGGGGUCCACGGCUUCGGACGAGCCCCCGUCUGGCCUCCUGAAUGAGAACAGCCCCGCCUGCCCCAGCGAGCAGCGCUGCAUGCUCCACCCGGUCGGCCUGUCCAGCUCCUUCCAGCGCCAGCUGUCCAGCGCCACCUUCUCCAGCGCCUUCUCUGACAACGGCCUGGACAGCGAUGACGAGGAACCCAUCGAGGGCGUCUUCACCAACGGCAGCCGGGUGGAGGUGGAGGUCGACAUUCACUGCAGCCGGGCCAGGGAGAAGCGGCAGCGUCUGCUCCAGGUGCCGGCGGAGGCCAGCGACGAGGGCAUUGUCAUCAGCGCCAACGAGGACGAGCCGGGGCUGCCCAGGAGGGUGGACUUGGCCGCCCUGGGGACCAUCGGGCGCCGGAGGGCUAACGGCUCCGUGGCGCCGCAGGAGAGGAGCCACAAUGUGAUAGAGGUGGCGGCUGACGCACCCCUCCGGAAGGCCGGAGGCUAUUUUGCCGCCCCGACGCAGCCGGAUCCCGACGACCAGUUCAUCAUCCCCCCCGAGCUGGAGGAGGAGGUCAGAGAGAUCAUGAAGCACCACCACCAGCAGCGGCAGGGCCCGGGGGCGCCGCCGCCGGACUGCUGCGACACGCCGCUGUGACCCGCCUGGGGCUGCUGGCGGGCCGAGCAGCCGAGGAAGGCGGAGCCGCAGGGGGCUCCCGGCUCGGCUGCGCUGAACCAGGGCUUCCCCCGCGCGAGCCCUGUCUUUGCAGCCAGUCUGUAGAUUCCUUUUGUUGGUCAUUUUUAAAAUAAUUACCACUUUUCUUCUAGUGCUUUACCAAUAUGAUUUAAAUUUGUUAACUCCUUCCCCUAACAUAUCAGAUGUAUAAAGACAAAGAACAAAAGGUUUAAUAUAUUACAGAGAAACAGUUAAUGUAAUAUUUUUUAAAAUGGAUUUUUUGUUGUUUGUUUGGAAGGCAGGGCAGGUUGCCAGAGCUCAAUGAUUUAAUAAUAUUGUAAUUCUGUAUUUCUUUGGGGGAAAAGGUAUUUUUUUUUUUUUGUCUUGAAAAUGAUAGACAUUUGUAGAAUAUGGAGACUAACUCCUAGGAGUUGCUUUACUCUGUCAGGUGACGUAUGUCACUGGGAUUCACUAAUUUUCUCUGAGAGAACAGUUGAUUGAGAAAUUUCUAUUGUAAAUAGCUCAGUGCUGUAUAGUGACGCUUCAGGUGAUUUGUAGUUUCGGCACAAGGGCACAGCCCGAACCACUAACUUCCCUUCCUCCCCGUGUGUGAGCCUUCCCGCCCAUGCCCACCUCAUAACCCGCCUUCGGUUCAUUUCACGAUGAGGCCGAGCAGCUAAGAGCAUUUCUGUUUGUAUUAGGCCUCUGGAAACAAACCUGCUCCCACGGGGCCUCUGAACCCUUUUUCUUCCCCACCCAGCCUCUCGACUUUUGCAGACACUUUUUAACGGUGUCCCUCCCUGCUGCCACUGUCAGCAUGACCGUACAGACUUCCAUCAGACGCUUUACGUACCAAGAGUCCUAUGAAAGCAGAAUGCACAAAUGAACAUGUCAUAAUUUUUGUUAUAAUAAAUAUAAAAUUUAUAAGUA